GUCAGUCAGUCAUCAGUGUUUUUCCUACAUUAUUUUCCUUUGUAUGUUGUUUGUUUUGUUUUGUGUUUUUAAUGGAUUUACUUCCCUUUAAUAGCUAUGAAGAAUACAUUGAUCAUUUUAUUACAAUUAAAGAUGUACGCUAUUUGCGAAAUAUCAAAGUUCAACGCAAGUUAAUCAAAAAUGCCUGCGGUAAGAGUUGUGUCGGCAAUUUAUUGAGUCGCAAGGAAUUUGUGUCGCGCCGUGAAAAGGCCUUGGACAUGCUACAACCGCCUGGUCUAACUGAUUCGCAACUGUUCGGUGACCAUUUGAAUAGCAAUGAUCAGGUGCUGAAACAGUUAGCCAGGCGGGAGAAAAUACUUAUGCAGAAGCGCAUAUCGACUGUUAUUUUCCUUAUAAUGCGCUCAAGUCGAGGCCUCGAAAUCUCAAGUUUUAUUGACUUGGAGCAGAGUUUUCGUGAAGCGCAUUUUCAUAGCUCCCAUCCAAAUUAUAUCGAUUGGCGUGGCAUAUUCGAGGGUAAAGUAAAACUAAUGCCACGUAAACAUGAUCUCAGCCAUUUUGAUUGGCAUAAGAACAGUACCAUCUUUAAUAACAGUGACAAUUUUCUAAUUAUCUCCGAGGGAGCACAUAGUUUACUCCUAAUGCAUUGCGGGGAUCAUAAGAUGAUUUGUGUGAAUGCUGGCUGUGAUUGUCCCUACUCACGGAAUGCCACACGUUCAAUGUUCUAUUCAAAUACCUAUGGCAAUGUGAUAUUCUUUGAUCACAGUAUCAGGCGCAUGAAUUAAUUGAUGAAAAGAAAAUAUAAAAAUAAAUGGCAGCUUUAAUGUA